AUGUCGGCACUUGAGGAUUUGAAGAAGCAGAACGAGGCCCUGCAAGCCGGCGUUGCAAACAUCCAGAAAAUCGCUGGUACAGGAACGAAGGCAGCGGGAACUCCAGCAGCGAAGGCAGCUACCUCCUCUGCUGCUAAACCGAAAACUCCGGGUGGGACCAAGACUACCUCCACGAAGUCUACGCCUUUGAACGCUACAAACAAGGCCACAACCUCGGCAGGCACAGCAAAGAAGACUGUGAUUUCGGGCACGGCGAAGACCGCUACGCCUCAGAAGGCAACGCCGGUUAAAGCGACCACACCGGCAAAGGCUCCUUCGCAGGCCCCAGUUGGCGCGAAGAAGUCCGUACCUGCCACAACCACCAUCGGAUCGCCCGCCAACCCGACGAAGCCCAUCAAUGGUGCAAAGCCUCGUACGCCGAGUGCCACAAACAAGGCCGCUCCAGCGUCAACAACAGCAACGACCACACCGAAGUCGCCUGUAGCUAGAGUCACACCAAAGAUCACCCCCACCAGCUCGACGACACCCAAGACCACGGCUCCAGCCGUGAAACCCGUAGCACCAACAACGUCAGCAAAGCCCGCCAUUGCCAGCACCACCUCCGCUAAAAGUCCCGGCGCCGUAAAAAAGGUCACCAUCGCCCCAGAAUCGUUACCACCUUCUCAGCGCAACAAAAAGGUUCCGCGCAAGCUCGACACGCGCGGCAGCAACCCCGUGACAGCGACCACGGGCGCCGCAACGUCAGUCCUGAACGGCGGCGUCAACACAGCCACCUCCGCCCUGACCGGCACGACAUCGACCGCCGUGGGCGCCACAAACGCCCUCACUUCGGGCGUGACUGGCGGCAUCUCGAAAACGGCGGAGCGCCUCCCGCCGGGCGUCGGCCAGCCCGUCUCGCACAUUUCGUCGGGCGCAGGCAAGACGCUGACGGGCACGACGAGCGGCGCGCGCGACGCCGCCAACAGCGCCGUCAAGGGCGUCGGCUCCGCCGUCACGGACACGACGUCCGCCCUCGGCCAGGGCAACGUCGGCGGCGCUGUCGGCGGGCUCACCGGCGGCGUGGGGAGCACCGUCGGCGGCGCGGGCAGAGGGCUCGGCGACGCGCUCGAGGGCGCGACGGGCGGCGUCGGGCACACGGUCGGCGGCCCUGUCGGUGGCGUCGUCGGCGGCGUCGGAAAGGGCCUCGGCGACGCGGUGGGCGGCAUCACGGGCGGCCUCGGCGACGGCGUGGGGAGGCUGGGGAAGGGCGACGUCGUGGGCGGAUUGAGCAGUACCGUUGGUGGCGUCGGCAGGGGGCUGGGCGGGUUGGCUGGGGGAGUGCUGGGCGGUGUGGGCUUGGGGAGGAAGGAGGAACGGGGCUAG